UUGGAGCUGAUAUUCAAUUCAAUUGAGGGGGAGGUUAAUUGGCUUUAGUGGAAGCUCGAUGUGGGUAUCAAAGUAUAUUAUAUGGGUAUUGGGUAAAGACUAGAGAGUUUUGUCUGAUGCAGGUCAAACCUUUUAAGAUUGGCGCCAUCUCUAAUCUCGAUUGUCAAGGCCAAGCUUCGAUAUAAAAAUAUCGAUUCUUCAAACCAAAACAUCGAUAUUCUAUCCGAAACCUUCCCUUCUGGAAAAUAACCUCAAUCUCAAUAUUUUCAUUUACUUACUGGCAACACUAUUUUUUCCAAAUAAAAUAACAUCUUUGAGUAAUUAAUUCUAGAAGUAAAUAACAGGAUUCUCUAAAGAAUGUCAAACUUUAAUUUUAUAUGAAUGGAAGACAGCAAGAACCAGCUGAAAUUAUAAACAACACUAAUUUUAUCAACAACAUUUGGCCACUAUAAUACCGGUAUGUCUCUCUCUCACGCAAGGGUGUUUAUGCAGCUCAUAAGCUCAUCAUUUGCAGCCAUCUCUCCACGCCUCAGAUAUUGCAGCAAAUGCAUACAAAAUAGAUUCAUUCAUAACUCACUGCCACUCAUAACAAGAGUACUCACUAACAAUACUAUUCAAGAGAAAAAUAGUUCUCACCUGUUGAGCGUUCAUUCACCAGUUGGAGUAGUACACCGUUCAUAUGCUAAAGGAAGGGACAAAAAGAAGGGUGAUAAAGGACAGAAAAAAUCAGUUUCUAUCGAUGAAUCAGUCUUGAAUGGAGUUGUCGAUGUUGAAAAUCUUCGCAGCCAGAUGCAAAAGCAUGUUGACGAUUUGCAGGAAGAUUACAUCAAGAAUCUGUCUCUACGUUCGACCUCAGGCGCAAUCGAGCAAUUAAAAGUUAAAUUCGAAGGCAAUGACUACGUACUGCAAGAUCUGGCGCAAGUGAUCAGGCAGAAUCCGAAAUCGAUAAUACUGAAUAUGGCCUCCUUCCCCACAGCCAUACCAGCCGUGCUGGAUGCCAUUGCCAAGUCGGGCAUGAAUCUUAACUGUCAGCAGGAUGCAACAAAACUGUUCAUUCCAGUGCCUAAGGUGACUAAAGAAUUGAGAGAACAGUUGGCUAAAAAUGCAAAAGCGCUCUUCAUAAAAUGUAAGGACAACAUAAAAGACGUUCAAAACAAACACCUGAAAACUGUCAAAUCCAAAGAGAAGACGGGACUUUCACAAGAUUUAUCCAGGACUGUAUGUGAUCAGAUCACAGCAGUAUGUGACACAUAUGUAGCUCAAGCUGAAAAAGUCCUGUCAAUAAAGGAGGCAGAACUAAAAGGAAAUCAGAACUGAUAAGUUAAUUGUAGUUCACUAGUUAUGUACAUAUAUGUAGACCCCGUAUGUCGUCUCCAGUAACUAUAUUAAAUAAGGAUAUUGAACUAAAAA